GGCUGAUAGCUCCCGUUCGGACUUUCUGCCACUUGUCGCGGUCGCCGGAUCCGUUCUUUUGUGGUUUCGGUCAGCCCAUCGGUGCAACCUCGUAUUACUCCCGCUCCUGCCAGAUAGUGAUACUGUCGCAGCUUCAUAAUUGGGUGCUUUCCCACGUCCGGCAGAGAUAUCACAAUCAUGGCGCAACCUCCUUAUCCCCUCCACGAGACCGUCGUCGGCCGCAUCAGCCCCGAGUACGCCGCUUUCUACAACCAGCACAUAUUUGACAAGCAGCAGGUGCACUUGCAGCCCAUCGAGGCAUCGAGGAGCAGCGGCAUUCUGAUUCCCGGCGCCGGCCCCUUGCACCCGGUCGCCACCACUGCUGACUACUCAGUCCGCCGGGCCGAGAGCCAAGGCCCCGACGUCAAGGUCCGCUGUUUCACCCCUGAGGGUCCCAAACCCGAUGCCGGCUGGCCCGCCUGCGUCUACUUUCACGGCGGAGGCUGGGUUCUUGGCACCAUCGACACGGAGAAUGUCAUAGCGUCUCACCUGUGCGCCCGGGGCCGCUCUGUGGUGGUCGCGGUAGACUACAGACUGGCCCCCGAGGACCCGUUCCCCGCUGCCGUGGAGGAUGCGUGGGAGGCGGUACUAUGGGUGCGAGGCCAGGGGCAGCAAAUCCUCGGCCUCGACACGAACGAGAUGGCAACUGGAGGCUCGUCGGCUGGUGCCAACCUGGCGGCUAUUAUGUGCCAGCGAUCGGCGGCCCGCGGGAGACAGUGGUUCUCGCUGCAGCUGCUGUCGGUCCCUGUCAUGGACAACCGGCCCGACGCCGGUGAAGACAGCAACCACGGCCACGCGUCGUGGACCGACAACCAGUACUCGCCGGCUCUCCCCGCGGCAAAGAUGCUCUGGUACCGGCGCCACUACCUGCCCAACGGCCCGCAAGAGUGGGCGCAUCCCGAGGCCAGCCCGCUGCUGUGGGAGGGGAACUGGUCGGCGCUGCCGAGGGCGUGCAUGGUCGUCGGCGAGCUGGAUGUCCUGCGGUCUGAGGGCGAGGCGUUUGCCUGCCGGCUGCGCGACGCUGGGGUGGAUGCUGAUGUCACUGUCAUGCGCGGCCAGCCGCACCCCUUCAUCGCAAUGGAUGCCGUGCUAGAAGAUGGUGCUAGAGCCAUCACGCUGUUCUGUGAAGCCCUGAGCCAGGCCAUUUACAGAAUUCCAACGAAGGGCCUAAAAAGCCCGCCAGAGAUGGCGGGCAUUGAAGUUCAACAUUUGGAGAGGGUUAGACGAGGCACUGACAGGGUAUAAGUCAGACGGAUCCCUUGUAGUGGUCAUGAUGGGCUCGUGAAAAGCCACUUAUGGCCUCAUAACGAUUUCGUCACAUAGGGGGAUCGAAAGUUUGAACUAUACAAUUAUAGGGCGUUUAGUGUGACGGCGCCAGCUCACAGCACCCACUACCACUGCGCUAGAACCCCCAAAAGGAUGCCAGAAUUGC